AUGCCUGGCAAAUACGUUGACCAUCAUGAAGAACAGCCAUCCCUUAUCUUCAAUCCCGGCCCAAUCCACAGCCCUUUUACGCCGCUCUUCAACAACAACUUUACACCACGAUACCUCUACCGUCUCGUUGCGCCCCAGUCCGCAGGAACAACCACCUCCUCGACCGUCGUCCCACCCAUAAUCGAAGGAAACGCAAAAGAUAUUUUCGACCUGCCAGCUCCCAAAGCAGCAACCCUCCUCCUAAACCAUCUGCUCUGGCAGCGAGGCCACGAAAAUGGGUGUAACCUAAUGAGCUGGACAAGCUCGCUCCUCUUCGCCCUCCAAUACGCUUUAUACCGGCACCGCAAAGACGGCGAUGACUUGCAAGAUAUCCAGCUCAUAAUUCUCGAUACGACCCUCUUCCCAGCCGGAACCUUCAUCCAAGACAUGGAGAUCAUGCGCGCCUUCGCAGGAGCAGACCGCCGCCUGCAGAAAUUCGUCGAGUUCCGCGAGAGCGAGUACUACUUCGGCGAGUACCUAACGCAAGGCAGACUAGCCAUCCAGAACCGCUGCGUCUGUACAUCCGUCCAGAGAAUGAUCGAGCUGGGUUUGUUCGACCUCCAGCCCGCCCUCGGCGACGAAACGCAGUGGCAAUGGUGGCCGAAACGAGUCCUUGUUUUCCGAGAGCAGUUUGAGCAAAAUGUCCGUCUUCCUACUACGGACGCAGAUGUCCAGGUCGCGGUGGAUAUUGCGAGGCAGUGCUUCGGCGGGCAAUGGGUGGUGCCUGGUGCGAUCAUGCUACUUGCCCUGCAGCCACGUCAGAGGGAUGACGCGGUCAUUCUCCACGGCCUGAAGGACCGUUUUUCUGCGGAUGAAGUUAGGCGCGCGGGCCUGCAUCGGGUCAACAUCGAUGCCAGACGGCUACCCGAGGUCGGACAGUUCAAGGAGCUGGUCCAGUCUGUCCAGCGCAGCUACGCCUUAAACGAGUACGAUGACCUGGUCGGUUCCGUCCUGGGGCUGAGUGUUUGA